AGCAACAUCUUUUCCUAAAGUUGAGUGUCGAUACAUCUGCCUCGCGUCGCGCCCGAUGUACAGUUGACCUGUCCCGGACCAGAAGGCCUGUUCGGACGCUCUUUUGAAGCGACGCGGGACUGCGAAGACACGAGAGCCGACGCACAAGAUGAGAUUUUCAGGGUUUAUUUCUGUCCUGCGGUCGGUCGGCCCGGUGGUAAUCGGCAUUUCUUUAGGCUUCACGUUGAGUUUGCUGAGUGUGAACUGGACGGAAGAAGCGUGUUACCUUGACGGUAAGGAGGGCGAGGAUGUGACCGUGGGGCAGGAUGGACAGCUCAAAGGAGCCCGAAAGCCCAACUCCAUUUCCACCAUCAACGAUGUGGAGUCCGAAGAGGAUUUUGAACCAAGAAUAGUCCCAUAUAAACAAGUCCAGCAGAGCGCCCCGAAGAAAGUUUUCAGGGCUAAAUACAUAAGCACAGAGUUGGGGAUGCGAGAGCGUCUGUUCGUCGGGGUCCUGACAUCCAAAAACACCAUAAACACCUUGGGCGUAGCUGUCAAUCGCACCAUUAGCCAUCACCUGGACACUGUCGUCUUCUUCACCGGCAUGCGCAACCGCAAAGUCCCCCACGGCAUGUUUGUCGUCUCUCACGGGGACGAGAGACUGAUAUGGAACAUGUUCCAGAAUAUCAAAUACAUUUUAGACCAUUACAUCAAUGAAUACGAUUGGUUCUACUUUGUCCAAGAUGACGCUUACACGGAAGCCGACAGGAUCAAAUCCCUGGUGGAUCACCUCAGUAUGGACCGAGAGCUUUACAUGGGCAGUCCUGAGGAGUUCAUAGGUGGAGAGAUGGAGGGGAGGUACUGCUACGGCGGGUUCGGGUACCUCCUGUCACGUACCUUGCUCCUCCGGCUCCAGCCCUUCCUGGAAAACUGUAGGAACGACAUCCUGAGCGCAAGGCCUGACGAGUGGCUCGGAAGAUGCAUCAUCGAUUACACGAACACAAACUGUGUCAGUGAAAACGAGGGCCUUCAGUACCACCAUUAUGAGUUGGGAAAAAACUCGGAUCCCAGCAAAGAGCAGAGUGAACAGUUCAAGAAAGCUCUGACUGUCCAUCCAGUGUCUGACCCUGAACAGAUGUACCGGCUGCACAGAUACUUCACUGAGAUUGAACUCCAGAAGACUUAUGAUGAGAUUGCUAAACUGCAGGCAGAAAUAAAGAACGUGAGCGUGGUUGCUUUUGAGGGCAACCGAAGUGCCCAGUGGCCCUUGGGGAUCAAUCCACCUUUUGAGCCGAAAUCUCGGUUUGAAGUUCUGAAGUGGGAAUACUUUACAGAGGAGGAGAUUUAUUCGUGCAUCGAUGGCUCUCCGAAGUGUGAACUGAGCGGCAUUGAUCGCAUGGAUGUGGCUGAUGUAAUUGAGAUAGCCAUGGGAGAGCUGAACAAGAAGUACAAGCCUGUCCUACACCUGAAGAAGCAGCAGCUGAUUAACGGCUAUAGGCGCUUCGACCCCACCAGGGGCAUGGAGUACACCCUGGACCUUCAGCUGGAGGUGGUUAACCAGAAAGGUCACAGCCGAUCCAUCACCAAGCGGGUUCACCUGGUGCGACCUUUGAGUCGGAUUGAGAUCAUUCCCAUGCCCUACGUCACUGAAGCUACAAGGGUUCACAUCAUUAUACCUCUUACUCUCCAGGACCGAAGCUAUGUCGACCAUUUCCUGGAAGUCUUUGCCUCAAAUGCGUUUGAGACCAGUGAAAAUGCCAUCCUAACAUUCUUGUUUAUUUAUGACCCAGUGGAGGCACAGCAAGUUAGCCAGAAUGACAUAUUUGCCAGCGUGAAGACUCAGAUAAAUGCUUAUGAACGCAAGUACCCUACAGUAAAGAUCCCAUGGAUAAGUGUCAAGACGGAAACACCGUCCCAGAUCAAAUUCAUGGACAUCAUCUCGAAGAAGCACCCGGUUGACACGCUCUUCUUCUUGGCUAAUGCUAACACACACAUCAAUUCAGAAUUUCUGAACCGCUGCCGCAUGAAUUCCAUAAACAACUGGCAGGUGUUCUUCCCCAUCCAUUUCCAGGACUACAAGCCUGAUGUGGCCUAUCACAGCCAGCAGCGUCCGGUCACCAUUGAUCUGGUCAAAGACGCGGGCCAUUUUGACCGCAGGUCAUUUGAAGAGGCGUGUUUUUACAACUCUGACUACAUGGCGACGCGCACACGAAUGGUGGCAGAUGUCCAAGAGAAUGAGGAGAUUCUAGAGACCCUGGACAUCUUUGACAUGUUCGUCAAGUAUUCGGGUCUUCAUGUGUUCAGGGCAGUGGAGCCAGCGUUGCACCAGCAGUACACCUACCAAGCCUGCAACCCGCGGCUGAGUGAAGACAUCUAUCACAGAUGUGUUCAGAGCAACCUGGAAGGUCUCGGUUCUCGCUCUCAGCUCGCCAUGCUGCUUUUCGAGCAGGAACAAGGAAACAGCACUUGAAAACACCGGCGAACAUCUGCUCCUGCGUGUGUUUAAAUGGAUGUUAAAAGCUGUGUGUUUGUUGGAUUAACCUCUUUUUUUUUUUUAAAUUUGGGUUGAACAGGAGCAACACAUGUAGUACCACCCAUAAGUCAACCCUCUGCCCUGAACACAACCCAUUACUGGGGCUGUGGUUGCUUACAUAUGUGACCCUGCCUAAUAUUCUCCAUCUUUCAGCGUGCAUUAAGGGUUAUUUGGUUGAGCUAGUUUGGGACAAUGAAUGCAGUACAUUCCUGAUGGAACCUUUUCUUAAAUGUUUACAGUACUUUUCCAUACAUAUGAGUUGCUGGAACCAAAUGCUUUUGCUGUUUGAACGAUCAAACUCACAAUAGCAAAACCUUGACGUAGCUCUGACUUAUUCGGCUGUUACUUUCAAGGUGUCCACUACACGUCCAGCAGACACAGAGCUACAUACCUUCCCCGGGUCCAGUAUAAUUCCAGUAUUUACUUGGGAUUUUAUCUUGUUUGGUACAUUAAAUCCUGGAAGACAUAUCUUCCUUUCAACCAUUGCAUGUCGGGGAACUAGCAUACAAAAGACUAAUCUGAGAUAAUGUGUUGGAUACAGGCUGCUUAUCGUUUGUUUGGGGUGUUUGUGUCAGUUUCAACUAAACAGGGAGUUGAAAGGGGCAAAAAGCUGCGAGCGGUUUGUUGCUUUUCAGUGAGCUCACAAAUACGAGCAGCAGUGCUUUCACAUUUACAGAAUGUCAUUUGAUUCAAUGUUAAUAUCAAAGUCUUUGUUGAAAGGAGCUGCAGUGUACAGCUCCAGUAGAUCGCAGCACAGGUUGUGUGGCCCCUUCACACGACGGUGUUGAAACAUUGAGCUUUUGAUUUUUACUGUUUGUGUAUUUACAAAAACGCAUCUUUGUAUCUGUGCCUUGACACUGACGUUUCAUAUGAUGACUGUUUCGAAAUGAUCUUUAUGUUACACAGUUUUGCGGUUCACCCCUCCAGGUGAUGCAUAGCUGAUGUUUUUCAGUAGAACUUUGGUAUUGUUACGACAUGUAGAACUGUUUUGAAAUGGGUGGGAGAGUUUAUCCCUCACUGUGGAUAAAGCCUGUUACAUAGCUGGGAGAAUUGAAUGGUUGUCAGUUAACUUUACAUUUUUUAAAGGUAACUUGGAAGUAUUAUGAGCCCAACCAUCCACAGGUUGUAUUAGUGCCUGAAGGAAGGGGGGGGGGGGUUCUAGCAAGUAUCCUUUUUUGGUCUUCAGAGGUCAUAAAGGCUGGUGUGUUCCAGCAGAGUGAACUUUUUCUCCUUCGAUGUCGCAAGAAAAUUGCGACAUGCUGGAGGCAAAGUGUGAAUAAUGGGGGGAAAAAAAUCACAUCGGUAAAUGUCUGAAGUGAUUGCACAGGUGUGUCAUUUUUUUUGUCCUCAUUGAACUAAGUGGUACUUUAAAGCAUAAUUUAAUUAGUUUAGAAAUGAUUGAAAUUAAGAAUGUAUGAGAUAUUUUUCCACAUCACCAAGUAUAGCAGACAGUUUUUAUACACUAAAAAAUAUGUUUAACUGUUCCAAAGUGUUUUGGACGGUUUUGUUAAAGAUUUUGUAAGUUAUUAAACGGUGUCAUUGAUCUCCAUUUCCUGAGCUCAGUUUGAGAAGUGGUUGUUUUCUCCCAGUUGCAGUGCAGUCCACUGGGAGGCCUUUUCUACAUGACUGAGUGGUGGUGGAGGUAGCGGUACUGGACACCAGAAAGUUACUAGUAUAUUAUAAUGUGCAAUAUUACACAUAACACAACUAUGUAGAUGCCCGAUGUGGAGGAUGGAACUUCUUAUUUCAAAGACAUUUGCUGCAAGUACAGCAGUGUGUUUAUCACAAUACUGUUCAUGACAUUACGUAGAGUAAGGCUCAUGCUUUCUGUUCAAUGUUAGGUAAAUACACUGUAAUUUGUUUUGCAAGACCUUUAAUGUAUUUUGCUGACACUAGACACUUUUCAUCAUCAAAUUUACUUUGAAAUACAUAAAAUUAAGGAAAGUCCUUUUAUUUAACUUUAAUUGGAUUCAAAGUAUAUGUUGGAAACACUACGUCCGCAGUGGUGGUCCUCAACAGUGUUUUCUGUAUUUUCUGCCAUGUGAACACAGACUAUGGAGGUCAGUUUUUUGCAUUCAUUUUAUAACGCAUCUCUUUGUUGACGAGAGCAGAUUUUCACCGUGACCGUGCUCCAGCUGACGUAAUAUGAAUGUUCAACUUGAUUCUUUGAAGAGUAUGACACUAAUAAUGUGCAGAAAUGGAAACCGAAUCAUCCAAAAAAAAACACUGUGAAAGAUGGAGGGCUGAGAUUACAAUAUGAAGUUGUUGUGGUGAUCUGCGUCGUCUUUGCCUUCUGCAGACGUGAGAAGCUUAAAAUUCAGCGAGCGUGGCAGAUUAAUCACCCUGUGUUGUUAACACAGCCACCAUCGCUGAGCGAAGUCUCUAAGUAUUUUGUCCAUAACUUAUUUAUCUGUCAUUUCUCGAUGAAUUAUGCAGAUUCUGAAUACUUCCGCACUAACAGAGGCUUUCAUGACAUUCUCUGUACAUGUAUGAAUAUUUUAUAGACUCUAUUUUUAAGCCUUUUUUUUUAGCUUCAUUUACACAGCAAUUGAUAUUUUAUUAUUUUUGGUGAAGAAAUUAAAGGUAUACUGUAUCUUACUUUGUGUUUUGUUCUUGGAAAAUCAUGUGAUUUGACAAUUAAGAGGUGUCUAGUUCAUUUUCAAUUAAGUAAUUCAUUUCAAAAACAGGCAAAUGCAUAGGCUUAUUUUAAAAUUUCCAUCGAUGUUCGGACCUAUUGGUUUACAUUCUUUUAUGUAUAUGGGUACUAUAACCAAAGCAAUACAUUUUAAUAAAUGCUCAUCACAUUUAAAUGUGUGCUGUAAUUCCCAAUGAACUGUGAAUUAUUGUAAUUUUUUAAUAAAGACUAUUUGAA